UCUGACGCCAUCUACUGGAGAGGUGCAUCCACUACAAAGGUUACACUUCCGUUUUUCAGCGAAGGACGUGUACACAAAUGGAUGAUGCUGAGGAGSCCGACGCAGCAUCCACUUGACCCUCUGUGUUGAAUUGUUUGUGUAUUUUUGUUGCCUUUUAAGUACAUUUCCCUGCAAAAGCAACCGUGCGGCUGUAACAAUGUCGAUGUCAACAUUUCAAAAGGUUACGCUCGUGUCUUGUCUCGUGCUCUGCGUUGCUCUUCUGCUUCCGAAAAUGCUGCUAGGCGGAGGGAAGAAGGCACAGACCGAGGGUUCAGGACGGUUUCCUCCCAUGGUGCACCGGCAGAUGGCRCCGGACAGUCAGGGCCAGAGGGCUGCUGGGUCCACCAGGGCACACAACACCGAGGCUAUCGCCAGGGCUAAGGGGGGUGGGGGCACAGGGGUAGGGACCGGGGGCAAGUCCAACCUGGCAGGGCAGAUCAUCCCCAUCUACGGCUUUGCGAUCCUUCUUUACAUCCUCUACAUCCUGUUUAAGAUAACCUCAAAGGGGAAGUGCGCCGUACCUGCUGAACCCAGAUUUCCCUCAGUGAGAGCAGAGAACCGGAAGAGAAAGAUCACGGACUUUGAGCUGACUCAGCUGCAGGAUAAGCUGAGGGAGACAGAGAUGGUGAUGGAGAGGAUUGUGUCCAAAGCCAGCCACAGUCCUGAAAGGGUGACAGGGGGUGAGUGCCGACCAGGAGGAGAGACUGCUUCUCCAGCUGAGAGAGAUCACACGGCGUGAUGCAGGAGGGCCGCCUGGUGGAGGGGGUCGCCCCCGCAGAAUGGGGGCACAACACUGGGAAGGUUUCCCAGAGGAUCCCAUCCAUGCUGGGAAGAGCCUUCUGUGGAUACGACCAUACCCAGGCGACCAGCACCAAGGUGU